CACUAAACUAUAAAAAAGUAAAAAGAGAAGCAACAGCGUGAGGUGUAAAUAUUGUAAGACAAUGCAAUAUUGUCAAAGUGAGCAGGAAAUUGAUUUAAUGCUUUAAAUUUAAGCUUGAUAGCAGUGGCGGAAAGGGAUAGAAAUUUCCCAAUCUACUUCGCAAACGUGAAAAUCACAUCACACGCACACACACACCCACGGUGCACACACAUGGACUGAUACUUUUCGUCUACGUUUCAAUUCGAUUUUCGGAAAUUUCACCUUCACGUUGCUGUUUUUCGGCUAUUUCAAACUUGUUUUCAGCUGUGCCCGCCCCGCCCCAGCCAUCCGCCCCUUUCGUUCCGUUGGUAGCCGCUCACUUUUAGAUUUGCUUACGUAUUACGCUCGCGUGCCAAUUCGCAGUGUAAAUCGUGCAUUAUAAACGCAAAAUUCCCGCAUAAUUCCACGCACAUUAUAUUCGUUUGCUUUCCAGUUGUAUCGCGAUCAGCUGUAAUUUCCGUGAAGAAAUCGUGUGUCGCUAAAAAUAAGACGGAUGCGAAGGAAAACUGUGAAAAGUAGAGGAAAACACAGUCGAAAUGUGUGUCAAAAGGCAGCGGCAGCAGCAGGUGUAAGUGCAGUGCUCUAAAGCGCUGCAAUGCUGAUUGCUCUCGUGUGUUUAAUUUUGGCAACUCCGCAGAAAUGAGGCAAACUGCUGAAGGCCAAGCCAGCAUGAACUAAAGAUUGAGGUAGCGACCCAACAAAUAACCAAAUCCAAUGACAAAUGUAACAACCGAAACUCACCAGCCGCCCUGAGGAAGAAGAAGACAGUGCCGCGAGGUCAACCCACCACCCCCUUUUAUUAUUUUUUUAUUUUCGUUUACUUUCUUAAACCCUCCGCUCGAGAACGUGGUUUCUUUUGCGACGUGCAAUUCUUUUGUGGCAAAAGUCUUGCAUCGUUCCAAAAGACUAACAGCACGUGGAGCGACAAGUACGGCCGUAAAAAUACCCAAAUCCGUGGCCACCAAGCUGCAGCGUCUCAAGGCCAAGGCGUCUGCGAGCCAGCACUACGGCGGCAAUUAUCGGAAGUCUUCGUCAAUCGGCAACCAGAGCGUGGGCGGUGACAAGAGUGCAACCUCAUCUUCAACUGCGGCCCACGGUGGACAAAUCCAUCAACGCGGUGGCGCCGCCGAGGAGCGCAGCUUCGUUGUGGCGGACGUGGCCGAGAAGUCAUAUCAAAACAGCACAACCAACCUCAAUAACAACAAUUAUAAAAAGUCAAACCACACCAGUGCCAAUUACAAUCACACCAACUAUAAUAACCACCCACAAAGCGCCAACACCAACCUGCCUUAUCAGCCCAAUAACAAUAUUAACACGAUGAUGAUGACCAAACAGAAGAAUUCGCUGGCCGAGCGCCUUAAUAUCGGAGAGGAGGUGCGAGAAUUGAAGCUGGGCGCAACCUUCAAUCCGAAGAACACCUCGACCGCCUUUCACACCAUCAAAUAUGAUUUCAAACCAGCGAGCGUGGACACUAGCCGCAUGGCAUCGGUUGACGUGGGAUCCAACAAUCAAGUUACUGUUAUCGUGCCAAAUUCAGAGAGUUCCGGUGUGCCUCAUACAGUUUAUAAGGGAAAUCAGAGGGAGUAUGCAAAGGAGUGCCUGAUGAUCUACGACAAGGAGACGGGUGCUAUCACGAUAGAGAAGCUGAACCACAACAUACAAGUGAAGAAGACACGGAGUGAAGUUACCAACAAGCCAGUCCUGCUGCCCACUCAAAAUGCAUCCGCGAAUAUGGCUCAGGGCCACAGUCAGGGCACUAACGGAUCAGGAGCUCCCGGGCACGGAUCCGGAGCUGCCCCCAAAAUGGAAAACAGCACCAUGCGAAUCUCAUCGAAGACGAAGGUUUCCACGGGCAGCCGCCGAAAUAAUAUAAUUGACUUCAAGCCGCGCAAUUCGCCCAUGCAGCAGAGCUCACCAUCGCGUCCAGUGCCAGUCCACCGCAGUCCACAAUCUGCACCAGCUUGGGAUGCAAACAAUGCACAGCAGACGCUGCCGAGCAUUCCCAUGAUCACCGACGACGAUGACUUUGGGCUGAGGGCAGCCCUGCACAACAGCGGUCAAGCGAAUACCUCAGGCUCUUCGACCGGCUCGACGACAGGCCAGCCGGACUUUGGAUCCACGACCUCGACCUCGCACAUGGGCAAGCAGAGGCAGGCUCCCCAGCAUGGCCAUGGCAAGCGCCAGCAGAUGCAGCAGCGCUCGAGUCCCCCGAUGGCCCAGCAACAUCAGCAGCAUCAGCCACAGCACCACCAGCAGCAAUCGGUCUAUGGUCGUGGCUACAACGGCGGCCACAACCACGCACAACAGCAACAGCCUCGGCUCUCGCCGCAGCAGCUCCACCAGCAGCGACCAUCGGCCUACGGCCAUGGCAAUAGUUUGCCCAUGGACUUGGACUCGGUCCGCGAACAGGAACUGACUUCGCAGUCCGUGGCGCAAGCGGCUGCCGCUUUGGAACAGCAAAUUGGCGGGGCAUUGAGUGCCUCCAGCUCAAGCUCCGACUCGGAUUCCAGCGACAGUGACAGCGGCAGCGACUCCGAUGACAGCACCGAGGACGAUCGCCCCAUGCAAGAGCAGCAUCAGCAUCAUCAGCAGCAACAGCAGACAGCAGCGCAGGUGUUUCAAACUCAGCAGCACCUGAAUCAGUUGCCCAACCUGGGCCUGGGUUCCAUAUCACCGGCCUACGGCAAUAAUCACUAUCCGCAGCAGCAGAUGCAUCAUAACCAGCAACAGCAGCAAAAGCAACAGUCCGGCAUUUAUGCGUCCAAUGGGGGCUUUCCAAACGAUUUGCUACAGAACGAUCUACAAUUAUCGUCAAAUUCGUCCGACGAUGAUGACGAUUAGCUGUUUUAGGUUUGUUUUAACAUCCUUUAUUUGACAAAACCAACGACAAGAGCAACAACAAUUAUUGAUAUUCUGUCUAUAUGCGUGUAAUUAAUUUGUAGUUUAUGAGGGGUGAUUUUUCUUGCUAGUGAAAUUUUUCUAAAUAAAUAAAUUCUUAGUUCUACUCCACGACACAAAAAUAUAUUAAUUAAUUUUAAUCAUUAGUUUUAGUCCAUCCCAAUGUGCUGGAAAACAAUAAAUUAAAACGACACAAGAAAAAUCAAAUUAAACACAAAUUACAGCCUUAAUCUGUUUUUGUCGAAGCUUAUUAAUUUUAAAUACGAAAUUAAAAAUUAUGUAAUGUUUGAAGUCUUAAAAAGGUCGCAUGCAAAUACACCCACGAUAACAAAGAGAAGCAAACAAACGAUGUAGAAUUGCAACUACGGAAAUUAUUUAGUUUUUAAUCAGGUUGCUGCUAAUCUAAAAUAUACCUUUUAGGUUUCCAAGAAAACAGUGACCGGAUGCAGAUUUUUGCCAUUAAUUACGCAUUUUAUUCUAAGCCUAAAUAUGAUUUUAAAAUAUUCAAAUACCAAAAGGGAAAAUACCCAUUUUUCGAAUGAUAUUUUCAUGUUUUAUUUUGUUUGUCUUUAUUUCACUUACUUUUCUUAGUCAAGCUUAAAAAUAUCGUUGUCAAUUUUUAUAUUUUCAAAAACUAAAAAUACAUCUGAAUGUUUGUUUUUGAUUUAUUUGUUAGCUAUAUUUAUCACGAAUGUAUUUUAGUCCCUUAUCAUUAUUAGUGACAUAUUGUGCGGUAUAAAGACACUUAUGUUUUUAGCUCAUGUUUUAUUUGAAUUUAUUUGUAGUUUUUUAAUUAAUUUUAAAUGUAUCCUAUUAUUACAAUUUUGUUAUGAGCUUGCAAUAGUUAAAAGCAACGAAGAAAAAUAAAUGUGAAAAGAAAUAACCGGCCUGGUGAAAACCAUUUUUGUUUUAUGCUUCCCCAGAAUACAGAAAAAUUUGUUAAAAGGCCGAGCAGAAUACUUCACUCACUCAAAACACAACUCCUUCCAAAUGUGCGAGCGUGCACAUGGUCCAUACACACACUUACUAAUAUUAACACAAUUUAAUUUGCCAAGCCAACAAAUAAUUGUAUUUAUGAAGUACCAUCCACGAGAAAAACGACCAAUAUCUGAGGAUCAGUCAGAGCGAAAGGGAGAUAAUACCAAUUAUUUUUUGUACAUUCUACAUUAAAGUAUGUAUAGGAUUUAAUUGUUUUUCGGUCUAGGAUGAGUUUUUCGGGAACUCACUCUUGGGCGCACUGGAAGUGAGCAUCAAUAACAACACCAAAAAAAUUAUAAACAAAUCAACAAUAACUUAACGAAAAGAACAAAAUGAUUCAGAUAAUCAUAAGCACAAUAUACAUAUGCAAAGAAUCUAUAACUAAUUCUAAAUAAAAUCCGAAAAUGCCUAAGAUCACAAUGAAAUCAAGCAACUAACAUAGUUUAAUAAGCAAAUAUAUAUAUUAUAUACAAACAUGCAUGUACACGACUUUAUAUACAACAAAUAUUAAAAAUAUUACUUUCAGUUAAAUUAGUUCUAAUACCGACCAUUAAACAGUCAACAAAUCAAAUAAAAAAAUCUAAACAUUUUGAAAAAA